GGGAGAAGACGAGUGCGGUCACCUUUAGCUAGCGUUUAGAAUAAUAACAACCCUGUUCCCUUUUGUCAUUUUAGUCAUGUAAGGGAUCCUGUAAUGUCAGCAGAACAAGAUAAAGACACCCUCUCUCUUAAAAGGAACAGAGGAGGAGACGGUGGACUUGAUGGGUUAGGAGGGCCGGGUGUGCUACUCGGGAGCCCCGAUAAGAAAAAGCGCAAGUCAAACACGCAGGCUUCUUCGUUUCCUCCUCUCUCGGAAUAUGCCCCGCCCCCAAAUCCAAGCGCAGAACACCUUGUGGCGGCGAACCCUUUUGAUGACAGCUACAAUGCGCCGUCAUUCAAGCCUCUGCCCUCUGGAAACCCUUACUACGGCCACUCGCACUACCCUGGGUUCAGCGGCUACGGCCCCCAAAGGAUGGCACCCCACGGACCCCCCCGGAUGCCGGCUCCCUACGGGGGCCCCUACCAGAUGCGAAACCAGCUCCAUCCUUUUGCCCAGAACCAGAUGGGCAUGGGGUUCAGUCGACCCCCCGGCUUCGGUUACGGGCAUCACGAGAGUCCCGGCUAUGGAAACCAGCCAGUGUUCAACAACAACAUGCCCCUCCCACCCAAUCAGCCGUUUAGGCCCGGCCCGGGAGACAGCUUCGGUCAGAUGCCACCGCAUAAUGUGAGCCAGAGCGCAAACCCCGACAUGGGCCCGGGUUUCGGACUGGAGGGCAAUGCCGUUGUCGGUGCACCACCGCGGCCCUGCAUGGAUGCCAGCCCAGGAUUUAUGCAGCAACAGAACAACCUCAGCCAGUCCGGCGCCGCUGCGCCCAAACAAGGCUUAAGCGAAGCUUCGGGGAAAAGUGCGUCGCAGAGCGCGUCCCCCCAGAAACAGAGUCAGGGUCCCGAGGAGACGGCCUGCCCGGACAGCGCCUUGGACCCAAAGGCGAAGAACAGAAGCGCUCCUGUGGGUCAGGAAGGUAGCCAGCCCAACGCCCUGGACAAGCUCAACGGCAUCAUCCACCCGACGGAGGACCCUCUGAAAAACUCCCCACAGCCCUGCGGCUCCACGGAGAUGCCCUCCCUUGAGGGGAGGCGGAGGAGGAGGCGGAGCAGCAGCGGCGGAGGCGGCGCGGCCGGCAACAAGACCCUGCCCCACCCCAACAGGCCGAGCCACUCCUCCACGGAGCCCGUGUACCCGUGUGGGAUAUGCCUAAACGAGGUGAACGAUGACCAGGAAGCCAUCCUGUGUGAGGCUUCCUGUCAGAAGUGGUUCCACCGGGUUUGCACAGGAAUGACUGAGACGGCCUACAACCUGCUGACGGCGGAAGCGUCGGCGGUCUGGGGCUGCGACACCUGCAUGGAGGAGAAGGGGGCGCAGCUCACGAGAACCAGGGAACUAGCGGGACAGCCCACGGUCAACAGCGAGGGAUAGGUGCGGUUCUGGCGACUUCGCGGAAACCUUUUUGGUGUUUUGAUUUUCGUGUUUAUUUCAGAGUUUUCCCUCUUCUUUUGGCCGAUUGUACUUUUAUAAGAAAUGUUUUUGAACGUAUUCUUCCUUCUUUCUUUUGACAUUUGGCCAAUUGCUGGUUUUGUUUUGGGAAGAAUAGGUUACAGUCUUAGGCCUGUCAGUAGGCUUGGGCAAGUGCUUGAUUGCCCCAUUGCAGCAUACCCAUGACUUUCUCUGCCCACACUCUCCUCGGUGGUCCUCUGCAUCAAGCGGCGUUUCCCUUCUCUCCAGCAGCACCUCUGGUGGUAUAAUGAUUGUCCAGACCACUGAUGAGUUGUCAUAUUCCGUUAUGGUUUGAGUUUUAAGCUGCUUUCUGAUAUCUUUGUUUUUUUUUUUUUCUUUUUUUUCAACAAUCCUUUCUGGUCUUCCCAAAUGCCUCUCUCAGGCACCUCAUGGUUCUAUAUAAAUCAUGACAAUAACUCAAAUAUUGAAGUUUUCUGAAAUGAUUUUAUUUUGAAGCUAAAGUACCAAUACGUACAAUAAGAUACUACAUUUAAUCUCAGAUAAAAUUAGCAAUACUGUCAGGGCCUCUCAGAUACAAUUUGUGAGUUGUCUGUAUUCUUGUUGUGCAUCAGGUCAGCUUGAUGCACUUACCAAUACUGUUAAUCAAUACAGUUGCCUGGUGUGAAACUUAAAACCACGUUAAGACAAUGGGCUGUGACUUCAGAGGGAUAUAGGGAAUUUAUGUUUUAGUGUUUUUUUUGAGUAAGUACUGUAUGCCUGUUUGUUUCAAGCAUGCACUUAAGUUUGUCUUGAUCGUCUUCUCCAUGCUUUAUCGUAAUUUUGCCUAUGUGUGCUUGCUUUCAAAGUGCUCUACCAGUGGUUUUUGUGUACAUGGAAUUUUGAUUUACCAUUAGUGGAAGUUGUACAACAGGGUGAAUAUUGAGACAAACCUCACAGCACAAGGUACAAGCACAAGACUAAUUUUCUACCGCAAAAGGAAGUGCGGAUUUACAAUGUCUUUGAGAAGUUUGAGGGAGAAGUCUCACACGACCUGUUCACUGGAAAGAUAUAGAAGGAAUUGCUUCAGUUAAAUGCCUUGCCCCUUGCCAGAAAGUGAUUCUUAUGUUUUAUUUUGUCAUUCAAUUGAAUAGCCAUUUUCUCAUGGUUUUGAA